AUGGAAUCACCGCCGUGCGCAUCCGCGCCGAGUGCAGUCGAUGCCCCGGACGUCGUGGUGCCACCUGCGGUGGCGCAGGCGCAGGCGCGGGGGUGGCUCUCUCUGUACGGCACCUAUUGCGCAGAAGAAGAGGUGGAGAUGCAUCCGGUGGUGCUCUUUCGUGUCCUGCAGGCGGUGGAGCUGGUGCAAAGCCGAGGGCGGGCUUCAUCAGGGAGCGACUGCGCCCUCGCCGCCGCGACUACGAGAGAUGCAUGCUGUGGCGACGAGGGGGAUGCCGAGGCGGCAACCGCUAGGGCAUCACCCACGGCGCUGCAUGACGACGAUGACAGUAAGAGGGGCAUAGGCGAGGCUGGACUGUCACUCGAUUUUGGUGGUCUCUGGAUGCCCUUGUCAGAGUGGGUCGCAACCCUGCGAAGUGUGGUGGCUGCCGUGCCGCUGCACAGUUUAUCGCUGCGCGACACCGCUCUCGGUGACGCUGGGCUGCGCUGCCUUUGCCGACAAGUGGCCACCACUUCCGUAAAGCCAGCGGCCCUAGCGGCAGCUAGCAGAUGCGAAGGCGGUGGCUCUCAUCCACCGGGGCUGUGGACACUGGCCACCCCGUUGUUGCACCCGCCCACCAUCCCUGGAUUCUGGGCAGCGAGCACGCUGCGGUUGCUGGACCUCAGCGGCGCGGCGCUCACGGACGGCGGGCCUCUGGCGUCGCUACUCGCAUCAUGCCCGCAGCUGCACUCCCUCAACUUAUCGGACAACCGUUUGGGCUCGCGUGACGCUGGACUUGCGUUGCUUUGCGCCGCGCUGCAGCUGCAUCCUUCGCUGGAGGUGCUGAGCUUGCGUCGCAACUGCAUCAGCGGCAGCCGCACCGGGCCGGCAAUAGCCGCUCUUGCCGAGCUCAUUGUUGCGCGGUCUGUCGCGGCACCGCGCAGUCUCUCGAGGGCGUGUGGUCGCGCAUCGGCGCUCUGUAAACUACAAACAUCAACAGCCGUGGCCGUGGCCGCACAGCCGCUGCUGCGGCUCGACCUCUCCCACAACCUACUGGGUACCUACUUUCUCUCGGACGCGACGAUGAAUCACGGCGCGGAGGCGGGACGUUCGAGUGCGGCUCGCGAGUAUGACAUGGCAUCUUCGGCUGGGCGCCACGUCGGUGUCCACGAGGCUGUAGUGUCGUUUCCUCUUGUCACGGCACUUUACCUGAACAACACGCUGAUAGAGCUGAACUUGCGCAACAACGGCUUGCCAGAUGCCUUGCUGGAGUACGUGGAGGCGAAGCUGCACGUCAACCAGCGCACCGCGGGCGGCGGCGCCGACUUCUCGCCGACCGCGUCCACUGAGAUCAUCGCAUCGACCACUGUGCGACAGGCACUCAUUCACCGGCUGCGCUGCACUCUUGAUCACAUCCUUGCCGGGACGGCGAAUGCAUCGGGGGUGGUGAGGACCCCACACACUGGACCAGGGGAUGCUCCGCCAACCGAGGUCCCGGCAGCAAGCCAGUCGUCUGUUCCUCCUGCAGCGGAGCGCCGAUGGACCACCAGCGAGGUGUCGGAGCUCGUGCAGCGCCUUGUCCACAAUGUCGCAUCAGACCUCUUCUUGUUCUGA